GCUCCGUAGUCGUCCUCAGUAACACACUUCCCCUGGUUCUUCUCCCAUCGUCUCCCUCGCGCACUCCCACUUUCUCUCUCUUCUCUUUUCUCUCUCUAGGAGCAGCAGCAGCUACGAACAUGGCGGCAUUUCCGUUCCCGAUUUAGCGACCGCCCUCGAUCGUCGCGCCCCCUCGCUUCCCGCCGGAUAUGGAGGAGCCCUCCUUCGUCUCCAAAGCGAGGAUCGCCUUGCAUUCCGCGGCGGCGAAAGCGGAGCGCGUGCUCGCCGACAUCAAAUCCGAUCUCAAGCACGACCACCACCACCACCGAGAUGGUGAGAGGAAAUCGGCCGCGAGUUUGUCGACGGGAGAUGAAUCUCCGUGCGACUCGGCAGAGUCAAAGGCAUACCACGAGUCAAAGAACUUAAGGUGGAGACCACCACCAAUAACGUUAGGGACGAAGCAGGAUUGGCAGGACAGAUUGAAAAACAUAAGAAUAGGGAGAAAAGGAGCUGAUGACACCGAGAAAUCUGAGAAUUCGAAGAUGUCCUUCCCAAUUUUCGACGAAAACCUGUACAUAGUGAAUGAGAAGAAUGAUUUUGAAUCAAGGGGUUCAGAGUCUAUAUCCAUAUUGGACGGUCUAAUUGCUGGUAACACAGAGAAAAUUCCUCCAUCACCAGUUAUCAAGCAACUGGCUGUGGCUGUAGAGAAUGGGAGGAAAUUUAGCUCAAUGAAAGAUUUUCUGGCAACAAACAAAGGUUCUUCUCCUAUCAAGGAAAGGGCAGGACUAAGUCUCUCUGCUGUGAGGUCGCUUGUGCUUCGUGAAAAGGAAGACAAUAUAUCCGAGUUUCCAGAUGAAGUGAAGCUCUAUUCUUUGAUUAGUUUGCUGUUUGAUGCAGAGGGAAAGUUUCUUAGAAGAAAGAUCAGUUCUGGUUCAGAAACCACUGCUGCAACAUUGCCGAGAGAUAUUCAUGCAGCUCCACCUGAAAGCUUUGUUACCAAAGUUGCUGAAGUCAUUGGAAGCUGUAAAACAAUGAGGGAUAUGGCUUUAUUUUGGUGCAGGGUUGUUGCUGAGCUGCGCAGAAGCUGGGAUGAGGAGCAACAUAUAGCUGGCAUUCCAGCGGACCAUAUUCCAGAUCUUAAUUGCUGUCUUCUAUAUCAGCAGCUGCAGGUCAUCAACUGUUGCAUAUCCCGCAAACGGCGCCACAUGGUCACGUCUGAAUCGUUAGACACCACAAUAAGGGAAGCCAGUUCACAAGUUGAAAAACCCAAUGUUCCCACAAAUACAGUUUUGGACAGCCCUGCUUUGUAUGCAAGAUUAAAUACAAGGGAGCUUGUUCUGCGUCUGGGGGCAGAUCACCCAUGUGAUGAUCUAUGCAUGUUGGAAACUGGUGAACCUGUGUACUCUCCUGUGACCCAGGAAGGUCCUUUACUUACGGAAGAUCUCAUCAAAGAAACAGAAGAAUUCAUACUUCGGACAGGGAGUGUUGGUGCUGGGUGCUCUCAACUCCUCUCUGACAUGCAAGCUUUCAAGGCUGCUAAUCCUGGUUGCAUUCUAGAAGAUUUUGUAAGAUGGCAUUCUCCUCCAGACUGGACCGAAUCUGACCUAGGAUAUGAGAAUGAGAACGCAUCAACAAAAGGCCAAUUAAGCAGUCGAAUGCAAAAAGAAGGUAAUUUAUGGCGUGAACUAUGGGAAGCGGCAAAACCAGUUCCAGCAGUCAAGCAGGCACCUCUAUACGAUGAGGAUUUGGCAGUAGAAGGAAUUCUGGAUUUCUUUGAGGACAUUCCGCCUGUUGAGCUGUUUGAACAACUCUUUGUUUCCCUGCUUGCAGUGGGGUUUGUGAUUGCCGAGGCUUCACUUUCAGCAGAUCCUAAUUUCUCAAGACUGUUUUAUGAGUGCAAAGAUUAUGUAACUUCCACUUGUCAAGGGAGGAGCAUCAGGGAGAAAGUCGAUGAUCUUUGGCAGGUAUAUGAAACAAUGGAGAUGAUGCUGCUCAAACCCGAGGAAGCUUUAAAAAUGGUGCAGCCUCCGGAAGAUACAAGCGCCACACCAGGUGAACCAAGGCGCCGGUUCAAGAGACUGAGUCUCAUCUUCGGUGGCAAGGACAGACAGACAAAAGAGCAAGAAACAAAGAACCAGAAGAAUGCAGAAGAUAACCCGGCUCGUCAAUCAUUUGCCAAUUUCUUUGAUAGCAAGUCAUCUUUAUUUUUGCGGAAGCCUCCGAAGCCCAGUAGCGCAUCCUCGGCUGAAAAGCCUUCAUGUCCCGUCGAAAAUGACUGGACAAUUGUGUAGAUAUUCUGUAUACACCUUUUUUGUGUUUUCACACCCCUUAAUUUAUGGGGCUGUUUAUUACAUCGUUUGGUUGAUAAAUGUAAAUUAUCUUGAAUAUCUAGCCAAGGGAUCUUCAUUAUAAGGAAGCAUCAAUUUUUUUUAUUC